AAAAAAUAGUUAGAAUAAUUGCUUAAACAUGCAUAAUCUGAAGAAGAUUGUUCUACUUUUGUUCUUGGUUUCGGCUUUGCUUUUAUCAACUUCGAUGGCAGGUCGACAUUCUAAGUUCGUGAAUAGGUUGGUUAAGGAAGAAGUUGAUGCAGCUCUUGAGGAGAGCGGGGAAGGGGAAGGAAUCCAUGAAAGGGUGCUUAGAGUGAACACCAAAGACUAUGGAAAAUAUGAUCCAUCACCGGCUCUUGUCAAGCCUCCCUUCAAGCUCAUACCUAAUUAAGUGCCUCAUCUACCAAUUUGGGUAAAGAGCUUGGCCCUCUGCUUCGUCACCCUACUUGGAGAACAUGAAGCAUUAUCUAUUAUUACAUUAUAAUUAAUAUAAUAAUUAGUAAUAAAUAUAUUGUAUUAUAUGUCAUAUAUAUUGUAAUACUAGGUUUAAGAAGCUUAAUGCUUUGUUUC